AUGGCUCAAAACGGUACCCAGGAGGUGAUUCCGCUCAUCAUCAACAAUGAGUCCGUGGUAACCGACAUCAAGUUCGAGGUCCACGCUCCCGCUACCGGCGCGCUGUCCAGCCAUUGCGCUGGUGCCUCAGUUGACGAUGCGACACGCGCCGUGGAAGCCGCACAAGCAGCCUUCCCGUCCUGGAGCAAGAUGAAGGCGUACGAUCGCCGGGACAUUCUGUUCAAGGCUGCCGAGAUCAUGGAUGCGCGUAAAGAGGAGUUGAUCGCCUAUCAACAAGAGGAGACCGGUGCGGGCCGUCCGUUCGCUGAGCAUACCUUCAACAUGGGUGUCAGCUUUAUCAAGGAUUUUGCCGCGCGCAUCUCCACAAUUGAAGGAAAAGUGCCCAACGUCACCGUCGACGGCGAGGGCGCCAUGGUCUUCAAGCAGCCGUAUGGUGUGAUUCUCUCCAUUGCGCCUUGGAAUGCGCCCUUCAUCCUGGGCACACGUGCCAUUGCCCUUCCGCUCGCCGCGGGUAACACAGUCGUCUUCAAGGGCUCCGAACUGUCACCCAAGUGUUUUUGGGCCCUUGGUGAUAUCUUCCGCCAGGCUGGUCUUCCUACCGGAUGCUUGAAUGUGAUCUAUCACCAGCCUUCCGAUGCGGCCGCGGUAACUACCGCCCUGAUUGCCCACCCGGCUGUGCGCAAGGUCAACUUCACAGGUAGCACCAAUGUUGGUUCUAUCAUUGCCUCCACUGCUGGUAAGUAUAUCAAGCCUGUGCUGUUGGAGCUGGGCGGUAAGGCGUCGGCCAUUGUCUUGGAUGAUGCCGACCUCGAUAAGGCGGCCAUGAACUGUUCGCUUGGAUCGUUCAUGCAUUCUGGCCAAAUCUGUAUGUCGACUGAGCGCAUCGUUGUGCAGCGUGGCAUCGCAGACCAGUUCCGUCAGAAGCUGGCCGCGACGGCCGAGAAGCUGUUCGGCAAGGACGCUCCUGCUCUGGUAUUGGUGAACUCUGUCGCGGCGGUGAAGAACAAGAAGCUUGUGGCCGAUGCUGUUUCGCGCGGCGCCUCGGUGCUGUUUGGUGAUGCCAACGCUAACGAGUCUCGGGAUACCAUCAUGCGCCCUAUCAUUGUUGAUGGCGUGACCAAGGAGAUGGACAUCUACGCGACUGAGUCCUUCGGUCCGACUGUGUCAUUGAUUGUCGUGGACACCGAAGAUGAGGCGAUCGCGCUUGCCAACGAUACGGAGUACGGUCUGACCGCUGCCGUGUUCACGACGAACUUGUUCCGCGGUCUGCGCGUCGCCAAACAGAUCGAUUCAGGUGCCGUCCACAUCAAUUCCCUGACUGUCCAUGACGAGCCCACUCUGCCUCACGGUGGAUGGAAGAGCAGUGGCUUCGGCCGCUUUGGCGGUGUUGCAGGCUACGACGAGUUCCUGCAGACCAAGACCGUCACCUGGUUGGAGUAA